AACAAAAUUGCCGUAUAGUGUUAUUCGAGUCGAAAAACUUCGAGUCUUGUUUUUAUUUCGAAGAAAAAGAACCCCAAUAAAUUUGUCCAGUACAUUGUAAAAAUACGUCGGUACAGGUCUUUCCAUUAUACUAAAGAGCUACAACAAGUACCUGUGUAAGCAGCAAGAAGUGAGGCUCUGAGUCUCGUCAAGAUGAUGGAAGUAACUGUGAAGACGUUAGAUGGGCAGAACAGAAGCUUCAGUGUCCCUGAAGAUAUAACAGUACGGGCGUUUAAAGAAAAGAUUGCAAACUCGAUAACCAUCACAGCAGAUACACAGAGGCUUAUAUUUCAAGGAAGGGUUCUGCAGGAUGAAAAACUCCUAAAAGAAUAUGAUGUACAUGGGAAGGUUAUACAUGUGGUGUUGCGGCCGCCCCCUUCAGGAGGCCGUCCCCCUGGGGGUCCAGACAACCCCCAGACAAACACCCUACCACAUGGAGCGCGAGACCCAAAUAGCGUGGUUGUUGGCUCGUUUACACUACCAUCAGAUGUGAUUGACGCCAACAUGGUUCAGAACAUAGCCCAGGAUGCAAUCCGUAGUAUGGGCGACAUGGGGCGGAACGCCAGAGUUUCUACCAGAUCAUCGACUGAUGGUUCAGCAGUUGAUGUACACAUCCAUCUGGGCCCUGUACAGGGUGGGGGGACCACAAGUGAGGCCCAAAUGAGGCUCAACACCGCUAGACAGAUGAUGAGGCUGGCAACAGAGGCCCUGAAUCAGCUCGAGAACUCAAACUCCGCUGCUGGGGCUACAAGUGAGCCUGGCCAGGCGACAAAGGCGACAACGUCAUCAACUGGUGAGAGCAGGGAGCCAGAAUCCACACAGUCAUCCAAAAGUGGGUCAAGCCAAGAACCAGAGUCCAGCCAGCCAAAAAGUGAUGCAGCUAGGGGGGAACGAGUCACAGUGACAUCAUCAGCAGACAGCAGAACCAGUCCAACACCCAUGGAGACUGAAGAACAAGAAGGUAGUACAGCUCCUGCACAAGCAGCCAAUGAGAAUGCAGCUUCUGGUUCACCUGACCAAUCAAAUCAAGCCACACCGAAUGGUUCUCAGCCACCCACGGGUCCAGUGAGGCCUAACAUCAGUGCGCUUGGUGAAGUUCUUGUGGAAGUUGCAGAUAUCAACGAAAGGUUACGUCCCCACAUUGAACACUUCACACGGAUUGUACGUGCUGACGCUGAAAUGGAUGAAAACGAGCAGAGAGAGAGUGGUAGAGUGUGUAACCUAGUAGCCGAGGCAAUGCAUGCCAUGAGCCACUCAUACCAUGCAGUUAGCGACCUCAUGGUUGACUUGUCACAGCAGCGACCUCGAAACUUGUAUGUGACCCUGGCCAUCGCCCAGCCUCACACUGCCGUCAUACAACACUCAAUUCCUGUACAGGCUCAGAUACAGAUUGGGGGCAGUCCUAGAUUGAUUCGCCGCCAAUUUGGACCGCCUAGACCCCCCAGCACAACUGCACCAGUGUCUGUUCCCAGUUCAAUUGUUACUGGUACCCAGACCUCCACUACCACAACUAGCACAGGGACCAGUACCAGCUCCCAGCCCAACACUGCAGAGACUGGCACUCAGUCUGGAGGGAUUGGUGCUCAGGCGACUACUGGUACCCAGUCUGAGAAUGCUGCAAACCAGUCUGCUAGUGUACCAAACCAGUCUGCUGGUGUACAGGCCGGUGCCGGGCUCAACAAUGAACAGAUGCAGAGGAUACAGCAGCAAAUGUCUGCUGGGCUACAGUCUGUUUUGGGACAGGGUCUUUCGCAGGGAAAUGGCACGCCCGAGAACCCGUUUGUGUUUGUUGAGAUGGGGCCAAACAGUAUGACGGUUAACAGCAUCUCUGCUGAGGUUGUUACCUCAGAUGAUGCGGGGAAUCAGCAGCAGAUUAAUGUUCCCCCAGCAGACACAACAGCGCCAACAUCCCAGCCUGCUGCUCAAAAUCAAGGGUCGGCUCAAAACCAGGGGUCAGCCCAAGCUCGGGCGACAUUUCAAGGUCAGGCCACUCCUCAAGGUCAGGGGCCAGCCCAAGGUGGACAAGCUGGACUGCCUCCAAAUUUCCUGCAAAACAUCAUGCAACAGAUAUCCCAACAGGCUGGAAUGAUGGGAGCCCAGGGCACCCCACAGAGGAUGCAGAUCAACAUUGGUCAGGGCCUGCCUGGCGGUAUGCCGCCCGGUAUGUCAAUGGGAAUACCUGCUGGUAUGCCGCCUGGUAUGUCGAUGGGAAUGCCUGCUGGUAUGCCUGGAAUGAUGGGGAUUAGACUUGGUCCCAGGAUCGUGAGGCCUGGGGCUCCCAACAGUGAGACAGCCACUCAGACUGCUGGACCAAAUGGGGUACCGGCUAAUAGCGGGACACAGACUUCUACAACCCCUACAAAUGUGUCAGGCACCCAAACAUCGGGUGCAGGCUCCACUCCCAAUAGUACCUCAGGCACCCAGACAUCCGGGGCACCACGGGCCCAGGCUUUCGUUGUUCCCGGCAUGCCUGGGCUCGCACAGAAUGUGAGCCCUGUUGAUGGUUAUCUCCCCUGUUCCUCGAGACAUUUCCUCACGCCGCAUGCAAGGAGCAUCAUUAAUAACAAUGGGAACAGACAGAACAAUGACACAGCCCUGGCUGAUAUGGUGACCAACCUGAUGUCAGGUCUUUUGGGGGGACGGAGCGCCCCUGGGGGGACAGGAACAACAAACACCUCAUCCCCUGCAGGUGCUGGUAGCCAGGCAGGAGGUGGUGCCCAGCCGAGACCAUCGGGUGCCCGCCCUGCAAUGCCACCAGGAGCCAGUAUACAGAUAGGAGGACUGCCCCCCGGGCUAGCGGGGAUGUUUCCAGGUGGUCUGCAACAAGGAGCUAUGCGGUUCAGGAUGCCAGGCCGGGUCCCCACUGCGCCCCCCUCUCGUCCUGGUGUUCCCCCAAUGAGGCCCCAGCAGACUGGGACCUCACCAGCCGGGGGGCCUGCCACAGGAGCAACUGGGGGAGAACCUCAAUUUGUGAACAUGUUACGACAAUUUCUUUCUUCUGCUAAUCAGGAGCAGACUGGUCCUCAAUCUACUGGAACCCAGUCAACACCAGCCAGUACCCAGUCAACCCAAGCCAAUAACCAGUCCAGCUCCUCAGGUGCGGGAACCGGUCAGACAGGCCAACAGCCAAUCAGUGAUGAGGCUUUUACACAGCUUGUGAGUGGGAUCACAGGCUAUAUGUCUCAAGCUGCUGUGGGACAGGCACCGAGACAGACAAUUGCUGACUUCCUGUCGGGACUCGGGGAGUCAUACAAUGUGCCACAAGGAGAAGGUUUCAUUAAUGAGUGCCUGUCAUGUGUUCUUGCCAGCCUGCAAAUCACAGACCUUAUCCAGGUCUUCUAUGGUCAGCCCACACCACUGAACCAGGUUCAGAGGCCACUAAGGGAGUUCAUCUCCACACGGGUGCUAGAUGGAUUACCUGCCCUCCAGGGGACCAUCAGAGAUGCUGUAGAGACCCUUGUGGAUUCGAUGCAGCCAGAGAUCGCUGAGGCAGUGGCUGUAUCCCAGCCCCGGCCCCACAUAGACUUCCAGGCAACACUCAUGGGAUUCUUCAGCCAGAAUCUCUUCAACAUUAUAACACUGGCCAUGAAUGCCAGAGAGAACGACCCCAAUUUUGGGGCUGACUUGUAUGCGUGUGUUCGUAGGACGUUGUCCGAGUUGUAUAUCCUGUGUGGGCGCUGUCUAGGAGGAAGGGAGGCAGUCGAAAAUCUCCUCGCUAACAGACUGCAACGGUUCACAUCAGGCGUGAACCCCUUUAUCCAGGAAUGGAUGUCUUCUAUGACCUUGAGACAGCUAAGUGGUUUCUACCCAUCCAUAACGGUGACAGAGGGAGAGAUUUCGCACUUUAUUGUGUACAAGUCAGUUGGGCAGCCAUCUGGUGCCACUCAAUCAAGAACUCAGACUAAGUCUUCGGCUAAACCGGUUUCGAAGUCAUCAUCUGCUUCAAGUGCAACUCCAACUAGUAGUAGUGCACCUGAAUCUGAAAGGCCGACAGUUGGUACAAGCACAAGUACAAAGCCUGAGAGUUCCCCUGUGCAGGCCCCCGUUCUCAAACAAGCAAUAAAACAGAAGGAGGAGAGUCAACCAAUGGAGACCAGCCCUCCUGUUUCAUCAACAUCGCCAGGGGCAUCAGAGGUUGAGAUGGACACUGUCACUCGUGUAACUCCAAUACGGGAAGUCAAGGGAGCGGCAUCGGCAGAUAGCAGUAGCAGUCAGAUAUCUCCCAUUACAAACGGGAAUCAGCCUUCUCCUGUUGGAGCACAGGCGGGUAGUGAUAACUGGGAAAGUGUUGUUCCCGCUGAGUGGGUUCCAGUGAUAUCCCGGGACAUUGAAGCACAGAGGCAGCCGGCUCAGCAACGGCCCUUCAGCGAUGUCUAUAUGCAGGGAAUGCCUCCUAAACGACGCAAGAUAAUGGCUGACCAGAAAGCAACUGACUUAUCCAACUCUGCUCGUGCUCUGCCUCAUUCUAUACAGCGAGCUGUAGCCGCAGCAGCAGUCGAGCCAAUCAGCAGCAUGGAAAAUCUCCAAACUGAGCUUGCUGCAGAUACUAACCUUCAGGAGGCGUUUCAGUCAGAAGUUAGCAGCUCAUUGGCUGAAAGGCUUGAGUCGGAUUCAGAUUUUCGUGCGGAACGAUUCCCUAACAGUAACGAGUAUUACCAUAAAUCGGCUGGCAAAAAAUGAUGAAUAGUGGAAAGUUAUGGCCAGUUGAGAUGAAGUUGUAUGUCAAGUGACUUAACACAGUGUUCGAAGUUAUAUCGAGAAUAUUUAUGUGUUUUGCUUCCAUGUGAAAGGGGAGUAAACAAGGGAUUUAUCCAUCAUCAUACAUCUUGGUUGUUAUUACUGGAGACAAUGUGUUUAUAAAAGGAAAUAGUAAUGAAACUAGAAGUGAAGUUAUAAAUAAAUACUGUAUAUAUUUGUUUAUUUAAUCAUAUGUAGGACUUGCACAUCUUUAUAUGCACAUUCAAGGCUGGACCAACAGGUUUUAAACAAAAAAAAUGAAUUUAUUUAUAAAAAACAAAGGCUCUUUGAUUCUGUAUUAAUGAUUUUCGUAGAAAUAGCUUUGUUUUGAUAUCUUAAUGUACCUCAUUUUCAGAUCAAAUAAUUCUGUUACUAUUGUUCUUUUUAAUUAUUUUUUCUCUGUAAUAUAUGAAACGAUUUUAUUAUCUACUAUUGUUUGUCGAAAACAAGAUAAAUGUGACGGCUGCAUGAAUCAUUCCUACUAAGCUUGAGUGGUUUGAAUAGGCAGAAAGCUAUUCGAUAGUACCACAUAAGAGCCCUUCUUACAUAUGCAACAAACUGAACUUCAAAAAUGCCUUUGGUUAAAAUUAUAAUAAAUCAACCAAUAGAAAAAAAGCGGGAAAGGUUAAGCCCACCUCCGUAUGUCCACAGUGUUUUUACAGUUAAUUUUUUAUGCAGAUUUUCUGUGCAAAGACCUGAAGAAAAAAAUGUGAGUCAGCAAAAUUCAAGCCACGAGAAACUACUAAGAGCUCUGCUAACAUACUGUUAUAUAGGAAUUUGUUACAGAGCACUCGAUAGCUAACAGAUUAAGAAUUUCACCCCAGAUUUCAUCAUCAUACUUCUUGUAAAGUACUUUUCAUUACAUUAUUACAAUGUAGAAUAUUUAUAUUUUAUUGUUCAUACUAACCAGCAAUAGGUGCAAAGUUUGAUGUAUAAACUAUGCAUAAUGAGAGUAUUCUGCCUUUUUAUGAAGGCUGAAAAGUAUGAUACAAUAAGGUUAUUGUGUUAAACCUUAUAAAGUGUUCAAAGCAUAUAGACUUACAAUAAAGAUAAAUGAUCAUAACAGAUUUUGCAAAAAGGAAUGCUUUCUUGAAAAUUUCAUUUUUUGAUGUUAAGUUUUUAGCUGUAAGAAUAAAGUAAUAGUUACAUGACAUGAAUUAAAAUCAUAAUGAUUAAUAAUGGGCAGUGUGAGUGUAGUGAAGGAGCCCUUCUUAAGCAUUAAGAUUUUAAUUCAGGUCAUCUAACUGACUUAGAAUGCAUCCUCAUUGGCUGACAUGUAGUAAACGCAAAAUUUGACACAAGGAUAGCGUAUCUGAUGAGUGGCAGUGGGCGGACCUUGAAACACCUGUGAAUGUUGAAAUGUUUAAUGAUUAAGCCUAGAACUUAAUAAUUUUGCCAGUCUGCAAUUUCAUUGGCUUUAAUUAAAUGUGGGUUGUAUUCUAAGCACUGAUAGCACAAGCAAAUUAUGACAUUUCCAUCCUCUAAAAAUACCUUAGUAAUUAACAAUUUGUAAAUAUUGACCAAUGUUUGUCUUUUUUGGACAUGCCUUACAAGACUUUAGUAUACUAUACAAGUACACAUACAUGCAAAUGAAUUUGAUAUACUUGUAACUGAUUGCAUUAUUUUAUGUUGUGUUAUUUUAUCUGUUUUGAAGAAAUGAGUUUAGAUAUUGUCAUAGCCCUUGUGUCAUUGAAGUUCAAAAACUUUAUCCUUGGCAAAAAUCGUGCAGGAUAUUGAAACGAAAUAUGGUACACAUGUUCCUACAAUAAGCAUAUGUCAAACAAGACCCACAACUUUGACCUUAAUAAUUGCCAAGUUAUGUCCCUUCUUUUAAAGAAAUAACAGAUGAGCGCUGGCGUUCACUCAGGGGCGCUCUUGUUCAGCUUAACUAAUGAUUGACCCUUAAAGUCAUGGAAUUUAUGUGCUUUUAAAGUUGACAUAAUUCACUAACACACGUUGCUUUGCCUUUGCAUUUUAAAUCCUGCCUUGAUAUAUUGUGUUGGAAUAGAAAUUAACGUGAAAUAAACAAUUUGUUGUUGCUAUUCUAAAUAAUAAAUAAAAAUAAAAAUUGA